GGCGGCGGCGGCGGAGGAGGAGGAGAGCGGCCCGCGGCUGAGCCUGGGCUACGACUCCCGAGGCCGGCUGGUGAACCGCUUCGAGAUGCCGGGCAUCGCCAACUACACAGCCAUGCUGCUGAGUCCGGACGGGAGCACCUUGUAUGCGGGGGCCCGUGAGACCCUCCUCGCCCUCAACACCAGCGCCUUCUCCCCUGGGCCGCAGCAUCGGAGCCUGCCGUGGGCUGCUGAGGAGGAGAAGAAGCAGCAGUGCGUCUUCAAGGGCAAGGACCCCCAGAGAGACUGCCACAACUACAUCAAGAUCCUGCUGCAGCUGAACGACACCCACCUCUACACCUGUGGGACCAGCGCCUUCAGCCCUGCCUGCACCUACGUUAGCAUCCCCGACUUCAGCCUGACGCGGGAGGCUUCCGGGAAGCCAGUCCUGGAGGACGGGAAAGGCCGCUGCCCGUUUGAUCCCGAAUACAAAUCAACAGCCCUCCUAGUCGACGGGGAGCUGUACACCGGGACAGUGAGCAACUUCCAGGGCAACGAGCCGACCAUCUCCCGCAGCCACAGCAGCGGCCGCGUGGCCCCCGUCAAGACGGAGAACUCCCUCAGCUGGCUGCAAGACCCUUCCUUCGUGGGCUCCGCCGUCCUCCGCGAGAGCCUCCCGCCCAGCGAUCCCCAGGGAGAUGACGACAAGGUCUACUUCUUCUUCAGCGAGAGCGGCAAGGAGUUUGACUUCUUUGAGGACGCCGUCGUGUCACGCAUCGCGCGAGUGUGCAAGGGAGAUGUGGGGGGAGAACGUGUGCUCCAGAGACGCUGGACGACCUUCCUGAAGGCCCAGCUGCUGUGCUCCCGCGCCGGAGACGGCUUCCCCUUCAACGUGCUGCAGGACAUAUUCACGCUGACGCCCGGAGAGCGCUGGACGGAGACGGUCUUCUACGGGGUCUUCUCCUCUCAGUGGGAUAGGAAGGGCAGUGUGGGCACAGCAGUCUGUGCCUUCUCCAUGUCUGACGUCAAGGAAGCCUUCAACGGCCUGUACAAGGAAAUCAACCGAGAGACGCAGCAGUGGUACACAGACACCCAUCCUGUGCCAGAGCCCCGGCCGGGAGAGUGCAUCACCAGCCACGCGCGCUACAUGAAGAUCACCUCUUCGCUCCAGAUGCCUGACCGGGUGCUCAACUACCUGAAGGACCACUUCCUGAUGGACAGUGCCGUACGCAGCCAGCCGCUCCUGCUGCAGAGCCGGGCUCGCUACCAGCAGAUCAGCGUGCAGCGCGUCCAGGGCCUGCGCCACGUCUACGAUGUCCUCUUCCUGGGGGCAGGUGACGGACGGCUCCACAAGGCGGUGGUCACGGGCCAGGGGGUGCACAUCAUCGAGGAGGUCCAGCUCUUCCCUGCAGGGCAGCCCGUCCUCAAGCUGCUGCUGGACCCCACCCAGGGCCUGCUCUACGCUGCCUCCUACUCCAUGCUGGCGCAGCUGCCGGUCGCCAACUGCAGCCUGUACCGGAGCUGCGGGGAGUGUAUCCUGGCUCGGGACCCCUACUGUGCCUGGAGUGGAGAAGCCUGCCGGCCUGUGGCCCUCUACCACCAGCAGCCCACAGCGUCCUGGGCCCAGGACAUCCAGACCGCUGCCGUGAUGCAGCUGUGCCAGCCCAGCAGUGUGGAGCUCACCCACUCGACAGCCGCCAAGUGCCAGCCGGUGUGGCUGGCCGCCAACGCCGUGAAGCCACUCCCCUGCCCGCGCCUCUCCAACCUGGCCUCCCGCCAGUGGGUGAAGGAGGGGGUGGCCCUUAACGCCUCCUUCCUGGUGCUGCCCGAGGGCGAGCUGGUGCUGGUGGGCAGCCCCGACCGGGCCGGGCACUACGAGUGCUGGUCCCAGGAGGGCGGCUUCCACCAGCUGAUGGCCAACUACUGCGUGCGGGUCGAGCCGGAGGCGCCGGGCUGGCUCGUGCCCCUCCAGGACCCCCGGGAGACCAUCAGCACCUCCCGGAGCACCUCCCCCGUGUUGGCGGGGGGCAUCGCGGCCCUGCUGGAGGGCAAGACCUACUGGACCGAGUUCCUGGUGAUGUGCGUGCUCUUCGGCCUGACGGUGACGCUCCUGACCCUCUUCCUCCUGCGCCGGCACCAGAGGGCCAUGAAGGCCUUCCUCGAGCAGGGCCGGUGCACCGACGCCCAGGCCAAGAAACUGCGCAAGGCGGGGCUGCCCGCAGAGAGCCUGCCCCUCAACGGGGCCAGCGCGCCCAGCGCCCUGCCCGACCACAAGGGCUACCAGACGCUGGACGACAGGCACGUGGCGAGCACACCCCUGCGGGAGGCCGCGGCCCCUCCCGGCACAGCCUUCCUGGAGCCUGCCCAGCAGCCGCUGAGCGUGCGCGAGAGCUUCGUGGAGAUGCUGGUCCCUUCGCAGCGCCUCCGCGUGCGCCUCGGCUCCGAGAUCCGGGACUCGGUGGUGUGAGCGAGCCACUCUUAGCCAACGCCAACAGAGCCUGCAGUGGGGGAGGGGCGGGGGGGUGUCUAGUGCCGCCCUCCCUCUCUGGACUGAGCCCAGCACUAGAACAAGCCGUGGGCUGUGCCGCCAGACUGCUGGACCGCAGAUUUCGCUACUGCUGCCGCACAGCCUGCUGGGUACCAGUGAGCCUUUGCUGAGGGAGGUAGCUGGGGCUGCACAUCCAGCCCGGAAGACUUUGUAACCAGGCCCUGGAGCUGCAGGGACAGGAGGGAAGGCCCGGCCUGGCUCCUGCACUUCCCAGGAGGAGAGAGAGGGGGGGGGCUCUGUCCAGUUCCAGCCUGCAAAGGGCAGUGGGAGAGAGAGAGAGGAGCAGAUGCUGUAGCAGUGGGGGUGGGGGGGGGGGAGACAGGGCAUUUUGCCCCUCUGUCAUAGGAGAGGAACGUGUGUUUCUUUGUGGGGUGGGGGAAGCGUGUCUAGUACUGUCGAAUGCCGCACGUGUCUCUCUUUGACAUGCCGUGUUGCGUGAGUGUCUCAAAAUGUGAAUUCUUCCGGGCUGGAGCCACUCUAGGGUUGCACAGUUGUACCCCUUUCCCCGUCUUCUUGCACAAGAGGUUUCCCUUGUUGCGUGUGUGUGUUUACAUAAAGUGAACCUGUUUUCUUUGGCGUUGGAUCGGCUUCUGUUCUGGCCCAGCAGCACCCGGCUCCUUUGCCAAGGGGUGUGCAGACGGGACUAGACACGUCUGCCUUCCCUCCUUUCCAAUGUCACGCUCUGCCACAAGCACCCUCAGUUGCAGGGGGCCCCCCUCCCCAGGACAGCCAGGACUAUUUUCAGCAUGGCCAGAAAAGGAAGUGGCAUUUCCAGCCCUGCCCCUUCCCAGUUAUCAAGAGGCCUAAAGCCAGGCUCCCUCCAGUCCAGCUGCUGGGUUGGCUGCAAAGGGGAGGACACAC